GCCUGGGCCCGCCGGGCGGGUGACCUCACGAUUAUUCAGUGAGCUGAGAGAUGUUUACGGCCCAGAGGAGGAAAGAGAGACCCGGAGAGGCCGAUUGUCUCCGUGGAGAAGGAAGAACUGCAGCCGCUAAGAGGUUAAAGAAUGAAGACGGCGGGCCGACUGUUUUCUAUCCCACUGUGCCUCUUGGUCCUCAUCAUCCUCUAUGUCCUUGUCUGCAAUCAUCUGUGUACACAGCUGUGUUGGAAGGCGUGCCUAGCCUCAGGGCAACGUCGUGAGAGCCUCUGGCCCACAGUACCUGGCCCCCUGAACUUUCAGGGUUACAGCAGUGUGCCUGAUGGCAAGCCUCUGGUCCACAGGCUUUGUCGCCGCUGUGCCCUGGUAUCUAGCUCCGGUCAGAUGCUUGGCUCCCGCUGGGGACCAGAGAUUGAUGAGACAGAGUGUGUGCUGCGUAUGAACCAGGCACCCACGGCAGGCUACGAGGCAGAUGUGGGCCACCGAAGUACCUUACGCAUGGUGUCCCACACCAGCGUCCCCCUGUUGCUGCGCAACCAAUCAUACUUCUUCCAGCAAGCGAGGGACACUGUGUAUGUGGUCUGGGGUCCUGGGAAGCGCAUGAACCGUGACCAGGGAGGUUCCACCUACCGAACCCUGCUGAAGGUCAAGGAGAUGUACCCUGGGGUGCAACUCUACACCCUCACUGACCACAUGAUGGCCUACUGUGAUGAGGUCUUCCAGAAUGAGACCGGCAAAAACCGGAUGAAGUCAGGCUCCUUCCUGAGCACAGGGUGGUUCACCAUGAUCCUGGCCAUGGAGCUGUGUGAGCAGAUUGUAGUCUAUGGCAUGGUCAGCGACAGCUACUGCAGAGAAAAGAGCCCCCCCUCUGUGCCUUACCACUACUUUGAGAAGGGCAAGUUGGAUGAGUGCCACACUUACCUGGUCCAUGAGAAGGCACCACGGGGUGCCCAUCGAUUCAUCACUGAGAAGGCUAUUUUCUCUCGCUGGGCCAAAAAGAAGUCUAUCAUCUUUACACACCCCUCCUGGCAGAGUGAGUAGGUCCUCUGAAGAACUGAAUCUUCCUAGAUCCAGACAGCGGACCCAGGACUGGGACAUCUUGUUGCCCAUUUCAGAUCAUGGCAGAGCCUGGUGUCCUGGGCUGCACUACUGCCCAAGGGAAUAUAAGGCUCUUGUACUCCAUGGGGUAGAUGGACAGGCAUGUUUCUGAUGUAUGACAUCCCUCUAGCCUCUGAACCAAACUGGGAGGAAGAAGGAGUGCUUCCCCCCUCACCACUUCCACAGUGAUUAUUUUUUUUUCCUGUUUUUAAGGAAACCUACCUUGAACUUUUGGAAGUUGGGCAUUUACUUGAAUUUGGAAUCCACUGGGAUUCCAAGGGGACUUGUGGACACUACUGGAGUCCAGAGGAGGCCAGUGGUUUGGUGUGCCAGGGCCUAGUUAGGACUCUCCCUGUUAUCUCCCAGCAUACCAGAGGUCCUGGGGGCAGGGAAUUGAACUUCUGAGAUGGGGUGGGAGCUAUUGACUUGAGUGAGCUAGCAUUCUGUAGCAGGAGGAGCUGGCAGGGGUGGGGCUGGGAUGCCAGAGUCCCCUCUCCUCUCUGGCUUCCUCUCCCAUUUCCAUCCUCCUUCAUCAAGAGGUACAUCAGGAAACCUUAGUGUGACCUUGAAUCUGGGUCAGACAUAGGUCAAAAUGGGCACUUUUUUGGUGUGUCCCUUCACCAGCAUAGUGGGAUUUGACUCCGACCAGUAGAGAACUCAAGGUUACCUUCUCUGGGAAACCUGCUCUGGUGUGCCCCCCACCCCCAUCUCCUCAGCAACUAUUUCAUGUCCCCUCCUUGUCCUGGAAAGUAGAGAAUUAGCAUUAGCCCCGAUAACUUUCCUUGGCAGGCAGGUCAGAUAGGCAGCUGGAAGGUCCAAAAGAGCAGGGGACAGGCUGUUGGGAAUGCUCGUUGACUCUCAUUGGCCAAAACUCUGUAGGAGGCAAGACAGGCAGCUUUUAAAACUUCUCUCCUUCCCCUCCCCAGAGUCAUAAGAUCAUAGGAUUUAGAGCUGGAAGGAACUUAGAUUUUCUAGGGCAAC